AUGAUUAUCAUUGGUAAUUACCAACGUUUGACAUGUAUUACAAGAAAACUAAAUCCUUUUAAUUACAAUUUAAAAUUUUAUUGCAAAGAUGAUAUUUAUAUUUAUAAAAAGAUUCACGCUUCAAUAACAAAUACUUUAAAUAAUGUGCAAGAUAAAAAUGAAUAUAAUAAGUCAGAAGAAGUGUGUAAAGACAUACCUUUGUCGAAAUCUACCGGAAAAAAUAACAUAUUAGAAAAAUUAAAUUUCUUCAAUACAAAUUCCAAUAUUGCAUCGAUAUUAGUUAGUAAAGCGCCUUUAAAAAUACAGCCAUACAUGAAACUUAUGAGAAUAGAUAAACCUAUAGGCACGUGGUUAUUGUUUUGGCCAUGUGGAUGGAGCAUAGCUAUGGCUGGUCCUGUAGGAGCAUUUCCAGAUCAUAGAAUGCUAAGUCUUUUUGGAUUAGGAGCCUUUAUUAUGAGAGGUGCUGGUUGUACAAUAAAUGACAUGUGGGAUAAAGAUAUAGACGAAAAGGUUUUUAGGACAAAAAACAGACCUUUGGUAACAGGAGAAAUUAGUCAAAUGCAAUCUUUGGUUUUUCUUGGUGGUCAGUUAAGUCUUGGACUUUUAAUUUUACUGCAACUCAAUUGGUAUAGUAUUUUUCUUGGUGCAAGUUCCUUAGGUUUAGUAAUAAUUUAUCCUUUCAUGAAACGAAUAACAUAUUGGCCUCAAUUGAUAUUGGGAAUGACUUUUAAUUGGGGAGCCUUGUUAGGUUGGUCUGCAAUUAAUGGAUCUUGCAACUGGUCAGUUUGUUUACCUCUCUAUGCAGCUGGAGUUUGUUGGACUAUUUUAUAUGAUACAAUAUACGCACACCAGGAUAAAGCCGAUGAUCUUUUAUUGGGUAUAAAAUCAACAGCCCUUAAGUUUGGCGAUAAAACAAAAUUCUACCUCUCGUGUUUUGGCUCGGCUAUGGUAUUUAAUUUAAUUAUUUCUGGCUUUUAUGCCCAUCAAACUUUUCCAUAUUACACCGCUGUUGGAUUAACUGCUUUAUUCAGUGGAUAUUUAUAAUCCAAAUAAUUGUGCCAAAAAAUUUAUUUCUAAUUAUAAAGUAGGAUUUAUAUUGUUUGUUGGCAUUAUUUUAGGAAAUUUAAUUAAAAAAGCAGAAAAUCAUGAAUUAUCAGAGAGCCAAUUUGAAAAAAAUUGACAAAGGGAAUAUUUUGUCAAAUAUUACUGUUUCAUUGUAAUAAAUUGU